CGGCCCGAUGCGCCCCUCAGCGCUGGGUGGGGCAUCUCACAUCCCUCCCCCGGCUCUCUGCUGCCUGAGGCAUGAUUUUGUUCUGCUCGUUUUGUCACUAGCAUGCACCAAACGAUUUAUGAAAACUUUAGGCACAGUAACAAGAUGGAACAAAGCAAUUCUGCUUUAUAAUCUGUGUUAAAAUGAGGAUUGAAAUGAAGACGAACCCGGUGAACUACUCUGGCACUUUCCCUGAUACGUUUAACUUCUGUGUUAAUUACAAAAGAACCUCUAGAUUUCAGCCAGGUAAUUCCUUCCUCACGAGGGCAGUGGGUGCAAUCCAUGAUUUCUAACGGGCUGUCAGUCGUAAAGAUGACACUGGAUCAUGCUUCAGAUAUGCUGCUGGAUUAGAUAUUCUUGUUGGCACAGGAGUAAAUAGAUUCCAUAAAAAAUCAGAGAGUAAAACUGGCACAGGGUGAAGGACUGUGGGGGAAACAGGGUUGAUAGGUUUGCCCUUUGAAUUUGCAAAGUGAUUCUCUGUGUUUCUAUAUUUUCCUCCCUGUUUGUCAUGUUCACCUCUGCUUGUUAUCAAAUCUGCAGCAGCUGUUUUUCAGUUUCCUUCAAACAAAAAAAGGCACGGUGCACAAAUGCAAGUUUAAGAGAUAUCCUGUUAUAUUUAAGCUGCCAAAAUAGACCCCAUUUGCAAUCAGAUAUUACAGCCAGGAUUUCUAUGGAGAUACUAAUAAAGAGAUCUUGAGCCAAUUACAAUAAUUACAGAGCAGUGCUGCCAUGUAUAGACUGAGUAUUUCUUCUGGGAGUCCGUCUCUAGGUCAUUCUUUGCUUGAUAAGCACAAAAAACCAAAAUACAAGAUGUCUCAGGAUGAGGUAUAUCUCUUGAUUCAAGCAAAGGUUUUAGCAUUAUAGCUAUAGCAGCAGUGAAAUUAGGUUAAUGAACUAAAAAUGAAAGAAUUAAGGAUAAGAUUAAAGGAAGACAGUGGAUGUGACAGCCUGGUCAGAGAGCAAGAAAAUGGAAUAGGUUUUCUCACAAUGGACUUGUGAGACUUUUUAGGGAGUUGUAGAGAAAUGACGAUAACUUGUUAGUAUAAACAACCUGCAGGUGGUGUUUUCCUACUCUGUUUUUCUGUUGUUCUCAAGGACUGUUUGUGAGAAAAAUGUUUCUGUUAAUUAGCCAAUCAAGUAGAAUGUGUCAUACCUAGUUAUAAAAGAAGGGAACUUUCAUAUUAAAGCGGCUGUUGUGUGAACCAGCCUGCUUGUGGAUUUGUGUCAUUUCUUGCUCAACGGUGACAGGAAGACUCUUUUUAAAUGACCCAGUUAAAAAUUACCCUGAGAAAAAUAUUUUUAUCCUUGUUUUUCUUGUUUCUUAGAGGUUGUUGCUUGCUGAUAUCUAGCCAUAUCUUUUAUUUAAUUUAGUUAAUUUCUUUAUGAAGUUACAGGAUACUUGGUGUGAAGAUAAAUGAAAUUAUACUGGUCCUUUUUUAAGGAACAUCAAAACUAAGAUGAGACCUUUGAACAUUUAAAAUAAAAUAAAAUUAACAUUUGCUUAAGUCUUUUUAUGAUGAGUUUGUGGUUUGGUUAUGGUCCAAACAAGUUGAAGUCCAAGUAAUCUUGUCCAGAUAAUUUAGGAUUCCCGCUGGAUCCGAGAAUUUCCUUCCUGUCUGAUUUCUGUCAGUUCUUAUCCAGAUUUACUUUUAAACAGUAUUCAUUAAAAGUCAGGCAAAAACUGUAAUCCUGCAAGCACUCUUGUGUGUGAUAACUUCACUCUAGUUAGUAGCUGUAUUCUUACAAUGUUAGAAGUAAACAUGGAUGAAGAGAUGGCUUAAGAUUUUUCUGCCCUGGGAUUCAAAUUAAUUUUGCCAUGAAGAGUAAAUGGCUAAAGAGGUAUUAAGAAGAAAGGGUGAAAACAUUGGGGAUGGACUCUUCCAGAUUGCUGAGAGACUUGUAGAAGUCUAAUAGAAGCAGCCAGACUUGUACAAACCUAAUUGCUUAGCACAACUAACACAAUUGUUUCCUGUUUUACACCUAGUCCAAGCGUUACUGAAGAGUGCUUGAUUGAGGAUUGCAAGACGAUUACAAUUCCUUCCUUAUUUAAUUAAUAUUAUCAAAUGUUAAACAGAGGCAUUGCAUUCCAGUAUAUCACUGGCUAGAUGGGAUUUCUUGUGUUGGAGAACUUCCAAAGCACCCAAAGGAGAAGAAGUUGUCUGUUUCUUUGAAAAAGGGGUGGGGGAAAGGCAAACAAUACUGGAACUAAAAUAUGGCAGUCACAUACUGAUUUAUCCAGCAGAGGGAGUAGCUUACCAAUGUUGGGAAUGGCUUUGGGAAUCUGCCCAUAGCAAACUUUGUGACAACAAACCAUUUAGGUGUUUCUUGUAUAAAAUAUUGCAUGCCAUGAAUUACAAUCAUAAGUGAUGCAUUUCUAUUUUUUUAACCUAGUCAACAGUCAGCCACACCUUGCAAAUUACAUUUCUGUUAAGAGGAUUGAAAAGAUGCUAAGGUCGGAAUUGGUCUGUUGACUAGUGUUGUAAAUAUUCAGAUGUCUAAACUGAAGACAAUGGCCUUUAAUUUUGUCUUCACUUUUUCGUAUUGGUCUUGACUUAGAUUUAUGGAAACACAGAACAGUUUGGGUUGGAAGGAACCUUCAAAGAACAUUUUGUGCAACCACCCUGCCAUGAGCAGCUUGAUCAGCUUGCUCAAAAUACUGUCCAGCAUGACUUUGAACACUUCCAAUAAUGGGACAUCCCAACAACUUCUGUUCAACUGUCUUCAGAGAUUGCUCCAAAUUUACCUUAUUGUCUGAUUCUGUUUCUACACAGUGUACUGAUGAGAGCAUGGACAGCUUGUUGAGCUGUUCCCUCUACCUGCCUGCCCUGCUGUCUGCCUCUGCAGGGUGAGGGGCAACUUGACAGGCAACUUGCCUUUUUGCUCUUUGUCCACAGCAUGGCUUUGAUUUAGAGCCUUCCUCUUUCUCUUUGUCCUCCCACCAUGCAUCCUGAAAAGCAUUCAAGCACAAGCUCUACAUUAAUUUAGUAACAGCAGGAGGCCAUAUCUUGAAAGGAAAGUAAUAUUGCAUGCCAUGUUUUGACAUUUUUACCAGCCACAAGAACUUUUUUUUUAUAAUUUCCAAUGAAUAUUCACUUAAAUAACUGCAAUUUGCCCAUAUACAUUAAUAUAUCUUGAAUGUUCUUGCUGUAUGUGAGCUGAAAGUCCAAAAGUAAAUGAUCCAUGUCGUUUAGCUGAAGAUAGCUAAAGAACAAAUGAGAAAAAAUGGUUCAUUGGUUAUUGUGCAUUGUUACUAAGAGAUAUUGUAAAAUUGUAUAAUAAAUCAAUCCUGGAAAGCAAAUAUUUUUUAGCUGCAUUUUGUUUUCAGUGUUGGUUACAGGAUCAAUUUUUGCCCAUUUAACAUACUUAACUGCACGGUAUUAAACUUGCUUUAGAUUCCAUUUCUUAUUAAGUAAAUAAAAUUAUCCAAUCUUAUAUACUUUUUUUUUUUUAAUGCACAUUAAAAGCAAUGAAAUUCUUUGUAGGAAUUGCUAAAGAAUUGCCACUUAUUUUACUAUCUUAAACACAGUACUUAGAAGUCUACCAAUGGAAUUAUGCUGAUACAUGCAAUAUUACCUUUAAAAAUUGAAUGAAAGGGAACUGAUAAGAACAAAUGCCUCUAUUUCACAGUACUUUAAAAGAUUCUGGUAAACUGUUGUUUAUUUUAACAGCUUCAUAACUAGAUGGUACUUUGCUGUAAAUACAAGGAGUUAAUUUGCAGUUUCUUUUUGCAGGUGCCGCUUUGUGGUGUAUUUAUUGCUCAUCCAGAAGAUCCACUUACAUUUUUAGAAGAAAAGCUGAGAGAAAUAAUAACAAAGUGAAAAGAAUUGUGUGCAAAAGAAUGGUACUUCUACAGCUGAAACUUAAUGAAGAUUUAUUUUGGUUAAUUAUAUUUCAGAGGAUGGAUAAAAUAUACUUUGCUGGAAAGGAAUGAGAAAAAAGCCAGGAAGACGGCAUUACAAUAGGUCCAUUAUAAUAUCUAAAUAUUAAAAGUUAUUAUACAGAAGUAGAACAUGUGGGUGCAGACUGACAAGGAAAAAAGACAUAUCUAUUUAAAUCUGUCAUAUAGAGAUAGUACUAAUGGAACUCUACGACUAUAAAUGAGUUUGGCUCACUGCAGAAAAUUCUAAGACAAAGGUUUACCAUACCUGGACUCUUGAAAAGGCUGUCACAAGAUCAUCUGUUUGGAAAUUCCAGGUUGCAUUCAGCCAACAAGCAAGAGGCCUGUUGCAGAGUUAGAUGUUAAAGCAUUAAGAAGACCUCAAGCUUUUCCUAUACUGUUUUUGUUAGGCUUGUUAAGACAUAAACAUUUAAUUUCUUGUGUAAAUUUGAGCUAUGUCUUCAGAAAUACUGCCAAUGGAUGCAACUGGAUUAAAGAUCUGCUAAUCAGCAAAAUGUUAACUCUUAUAGACAGAUGUAUUUAAGCUCUGGUUGAAAAGGUAAUGUCUGUUGUCUUUCUUGACUCUCAAACUUUUAAAACUCUUGCAGAAUGUAAACUUUUCAAAGUCAGCAAUAAAGGAUAGUGGAAUAACCAAAAUACUGAUUUAAGUUUCAAGCUGAUGAGUAAAUGCUGCCUAUAUAUCUGGCACAUUCAUAUGGCUGAUUGCCAGAAGAUAACAGAAGCUGGUGUUGAGAUGAUUUCACCAUUGAAGCAUAUUUUUGUACUGAAUAUGGCAGACUGCACAAGGUGUACUCUGGUCAACAAAAAUUUGAAAUCUGUGGAUUUUCAUGAAUCUGUUGAAAGUAGCUUUCACCAGAAAAUUGAGUCUGCUGAGAAAAAUCCUUUCUCUAUUAAUUUUUCCAGAUUUUUUAAGGGCUUGAGAGCUCUUGGCUGCCAUGGAAAAAUAUUGGAACUUUCUAUAUCUCAAUGCAAAGAUUUCAGUGACAAUGGGAUUCAGGUAAAUCUUUGCCUUUUUCUUGGUGUUCCCUGGAAGCCCCCAUGUUCAUUAAAUUGUAUUGUAACUGAGUUCUGCAAGGGCACACAAUACCUGGAACACUGCCAUGUCUCUUACUGCCCUCAGCUGACGGAGGAAGCUGUGAAAACAAUGGCAUUUCACUGCCACAGACUGACAUCUGUCAACAUAGGAGGUUGCCCAAAGAUGAUUGAUACAUGUAUCCAGUACUUUGCUGCAGCCUGCCAUUAUCUCCCCUUCUUGGACAUCUCAGGUUGUAUUCAUCUUACUGACAACCUGAAAUAUCUUUGGAAAGCCUGUGUGCAACUCCAGAUUCUCAUGACACUGUACUGCAGAAAAACUACCAAACAAGCUGUCUUGAAAUACACAAGCUGUCUUGAACUGGAGAAAGAGGAACAUAAUGAUGCUGACCGUCCUUCCUGGCUUGGAUAUGACUGGGAUGCUAACAUAACCACCUUCACCAAAAAACAUAGAUCAGAGCCUGAAAAAACAAAUUCUUCAAAAUGAAAAAUGAAGAAAUUGUGCAGCAUCUAUAUAGUUCAAGGGCUUUUCCCUAGAGCAUAAAAAGACCACUGUUAUUUUUUCUUAAAACUAAUCACAUUUUAAUAAAAAGCCAUUUGUUGCAUUAAUAAGGAAGCAUAGCAAAUAUUUCUCACAGGAGUAUCAAUGCCUUCAAGCAGGACAGCUGCACUCAGACAGCACUGCUAACUCUCAGAUGUUGAUUCAAGCUGUCUUCAUUUUUCAGUAAUGAAAGUUUUUGUAGUACCAUGCAGAGUAAGCAAUGAAUAAAUCUGCAAGUGUUGGAGGCUUUGUUUGCCAUGAAAGUCCUCUCCAGGACAUAAACACUCUGACUCCCCAGAGAACUUCACACUUGAUGUGGCUGGUACCCAUCAAAUACAGCCUUCUUGAGGAGUUGGAGUGAGUAGGCAGCAACUACAGAUUCUUUAAUACACAACUACACCCAUGCAUUUAAGCACAGUUCUCCACUUCUUGACAGUCACUUGGGCACCCGGAACCCUCAUUCUCAUAAAAGCCUCUUGGGCUGAGUCCAGCUCUCUGAACAAGCUAAUGUUCAGGUCUGCAGGUCUGAACUGUGGGCUGGCUGGCAGCUGAGAGAGCAGGAGAAUCAAAUUAAAGGGAGUACCAAGGAAAAAAAUGUUAAAGUAUAAAUUUGUACCAGUUACAAGACUGUCUUCUCAUCAAAUGGACAAGAAAAGAUAUAUGGGCACACAAGGGAUUCGCCAUUCAAAUUCUAAUUGCUGAUAACCUACUAAUCUUCCCUUGUCUAGAGAAAAAUACAGUUUCACCUCAUUAGAGGAGAACAAGACAUUGCUAAUGCCUUUGGGAAAACUCACAAGGGUUUGUCCUCCUUCAACUCAUUCUUGACCUUUAUAUUAACAUUCUAGCUGGUCUCAACAUGCAUUACUUGAAAUGAAUAUAAUCAGUAGCUUUAGUAGUAGCACAAUUUUUCUGCUGGCUAAUUUAAACUUCUUUAAGCAAGUAACUAACAAGUCUGAUGUUUAAUUCCUGCUAGAUUUAGAAAAUUAAUUAAUUCAAAGUCUGAGUUUGCUUUCUUUUCAAUAUGGAACAAAUAACAUGUUUUCUUACUAUGUUCUCCCCUAAAUUGCUGAUGCAGCAGUUUCAAAAACCACAACCUUAAUCUUAGAGGCUGACAGGCUUUGUAUUUCAGGUGAAUAAUGGGACUAUUAAAUGGAUUCAAUUUUGUGAAGUACCUACCAGACUGUUUUCGUGUUUUCACGUGAUGUGAAUUAUGAGGUGCUUUUUUCACUUUGGCUGCAGCAGGGCAUAGAAAUCAUUAGUUUCAAAUAUUUUCCUGCAUAUCCAAAACCAUUAUAAUUUAUUACUUUUGUAACUCUUAAAAGUAUAAGUGCAUAUCCAAUAAUAUUGUAAUGCCUUUAGUAAUACUAUUAGAAAUGUUUUAUAUAUUAGUGUUUAUAUUAAAAAUACAUAUAAUUUGUCAUAUGUAUCAGUGCCCACCUCAUCCCAACAAACAGUACACACAACAAUAAACAAAAAGUGGAGUUUUAACCACCCUGAAUUACAGUAGAUAUGCUGCCCUUGACUCUUGAAGUCCAUUAGCAAGGGGCAAUUAUAUCUCCGGGGGAAUCCUGUGGCAAAGAAGUUAAUUUCAUAAUGUACCAUUAUGACCUAGAGAACAUACACAUAUAUACAAGACUUAAAGCCUGAGCUGACAGUCUGAAUUCUCUCCCGCUCCCUGCCAUCCCCUCAGCUGGCAAGGGUUCUGACAUUUCAGCUUAAAACACAAAUUUCACUACUGCUUUUAUAAGGUGCCAUAGAGAUGCAUGAAAAGGCUUUUAAAAGCUCCAUUUAAUUUACUGUGUGUGUUUGUAUUACAGUGACACAGAACCCUCCACAAAAAUCGAGCCUGCCCUUGUGCAGA